GCCCGUUUAGGAUUCAGAAAAACAGGUUACGCCAUAUUGUCAGCUUCCGAAGAGAGCGUUUCAUUUCGUCAAAAAUGCCAAAAUAGCUGACUUUAUCGACUCCGGACGCUAAAAUGGCGCAAAUUGGUGCAGCGGAAGACGCAAACGUGGAUGAUGGAUCUGUCCAGCAAGGGUCUGGUGUCUGCCUGCGAAGUCGACCAUGCUCCAGCGAGAGAGACGGCCAGGUACGGGCUGUCAAAGCUGCUCUUCAGUCCAGGCUGGGGCCCUACGAGCCCGUCCUGACCUACCUGCAGUCCGUCCUGGUGUGGGAAAGACCUCUACAGUGCGUGCUUCUCUACACGGUGGUCAACGUUGUGUUCUGGUUCUUUGCCCUGACCUCACUGCGCCUGCUGUUCCUGCUGGCUUCUGGUCUGGCUGUGGUUGUCUGUGUUGAUACCUGGAGAAAUAAGAUCUGGCCAGAGAUUGGAGUCAGAAACCUGGAAGAAUCAGAAAAUGAGAGCUGGGGUCUGGUGCAGCCCGACAUCCUCAGUGUGCCUGAACUUUGCCACCAUAUUGCUGAGGCCUGGGUCAGUGCAGCAGUCUUCACAUCCAGUGUGGUGCAGUUCAAACAUCAUAACCCUGGCAAGUUCUGCAUCCUGACCUGUGGAGUGUUCACCUGUUUGGCUGUGGUUGGAAGCUGGAUUCCUGGAUUGGUGCUCUCCUACUCUGCUGUGUGGGCUACUCUCCUGGCUCCUCUGGGAGCCUAUCACAGGGUUUUUCAGCAUGUGUGCGUUAAGCUGGAUCCGGUCCUGCAGCGACUGGACUUCAGUGUCUGUGGCUACAUGAUGUCAAAGCCUAUUGAUAAUCAGUUCCUGCGGAGGAAGCCUCUCCGUGGUUCAGCCCCAGGUGAAGACAGUGAUAGCGAGGAGGAGUUGGCUGCUUUCUGCCCAACAUUUGAUGAUGCUAUUGUAGCUAAAGAACUUGCUAUGACCGACUCUGAGCACUCUGAUGCUGAGGUGUCCUACACUGAUAACGGAACAUUUAACCUAUCGCGUGGCCAGACCCCGCUCACAGAAGGCUCUGAGGAUUUUGACAGGCACAGUGACGCUGAGGAAUCAUUUGCUCAAGACCUCCCAGACUUCCCCUCCAUAAACCCUGAUGCCACUCUGAUGGAUGACGACGAUGACACAAGCAUAGGCCUACCGAGUCUGGCUCUUUCUGGGCUGGCUAGUCACCGGGCCUCAGUGCUGGAUGUAGAUUCUCAUUAUGACUCAGAUCAGGAGGAUCUGGAUGCAGAACUUUCUCUCAGUGGCCUGCCCCCUGCCUCUGAUUUCGCUGGAGACUUGGCCGGAGUCAUCGCCAGCAACAUGAUCCAGGCAGCGCUGGCUGGGGCAUUGCAACCUAGGCCUCCUAGACAUCGCAGGGAAGGCCCUCCCAGGGCUGGAGCCCACCGAAGCUACCGCAAGCAGUCCAGCUCAGAGCUUGACACAGACUGGGAUGGAGAGGACUUUGAAAUGCUGGAUCAGUCUGAACUGAACCAGAUGGAUCCCCUUGGAGGAGGAGGGAGUACUAGACGGGGAGAGAGCCAGGGGCCUAACUUCUUGUCUAGCCUGCUAGGUAAACCACAGUAAUUUGUUUGUUUGUGUAUGUGUGCGCGUGUGGGUGUGUGUGUGUCUGUGCCCGCGCAACUUCAUGGGCAGUGUUCAGGUGACGAGCUGUGAUUGUGUGAAAGGAUAAUAUGUUCCAGCAGCCCUACUUCUAAUUGGCAUCAGAUAAUCACUGUGAAGACAUUUUUUUUUUUUUUUUUUUUUCCUACCUUUUCAUACUCUUUCCUCCCUACUUUUAAACCCUGAUCAUCCAGACUGAGCAAUAGGUAAUGUAAGAACAAACAUUACACACAUUCAGACAUUAUUAAACCAGCAUUAUUGAGCCAUCUUCCAGUCUUGUAAUUAUUGAGUUACAAGUGUACUUGAUUAUUACUAAAAAUAAAGAACAGUGCCCAUAAAAUCUUUUUUACCAUACAGGGCUAUUUAACAUGGGACCAAAUAUGACAUUCCUGUUGGUUGAGCUGAGCCAUAUUACUUUGAUAAUGACACUAUGGAACAGCAUCACAUGUUAAAGUUUCUUUAGUCGCUGGAAUAGUUGAUAUGGCUAAAUAAAUCCCUCAUUUGUUUCCAUCACAUUUUGUAAAAUAACCAGAAAGUCAUGUUGCUGUUGAUAUUAUUACUCUGCUGUAAUCUGAUAGCUGAUUCAUUUUGUUACAGGUUUAAGGAUUUAAAUUAACAUUAUUUAGACUCUUUUCAGCAGUUGUGAAUUUGGACAGUUAUCCUCAUCCAUGAUGAUUAUGAAUAGGAUUUGCAUAACAAAUUACAUUUGUCUGUAUGAUUUUCUUUACUUUUUUUUUUUUUCCUUCUCUUCUGUCUAAUAUAUUGGAACAUCUUCAUGCAUUUUGGAAGUUUUUUUUCUUUUCUUUAAAGAGUGUCCCAUCAUAGUCUUAUGAUAUCUGACCUGGAGUAGCACUUAAUCUUAUGUGUGUUGUCAUUGUAUUAACGAACUUGUGCCCCAGGAGGAGGUCUGUUUCUUUUUUCUAUGGGAGAAUGUUCAGAAUAUUUUUCAUUUCCCUGCCUUUUAAUGCAGCACAAUAGCAUAUUAUGUCCGCGUGGCCACCUUGAAUGAGCCCUCAGCUUUGUGUGUUUCAUUUUCAAAAGAAUUUCUUUAUCUUUUACCAUAUUUUUAUUUCAUGUAAUUGACAGUCAUGCUGAACUUUUUAAGAGAAAAAUCUGAUAUUCUUCAAUACAUAGAUCUUUUACUAUUUUAUUGGGGGGACAUGUUUACAUCAAAAUUGGGUAUAGAAAGUUAUCCUUAUAUCCUUCUUUAAAAGUGUUAGUAUAUAAAGGUUUGAUGUGGCUUUUGAUGGACAAACCAUGUCAGUAUGACAGAACUUUAUGGAGAAAAUGGCACUUAAAACUGAAAUGAGCCACAGUUGAGAUUUAUUGAAAUGCGAUAUAUCAGAGUCUUAAAAAAUGCUUUUUAAUAGAUGCAUUGCUGUCUUUUAUUUGUGAUAUUUUGAGGUGGAAAUUAUAGCAAAAAAUAUUAUUCAACACGAUAGAAAAAAAUGGCUGGAUCCACAUUUAGGAGCUGAAGUAGUAAAACUGUGCACUGAUAGGAGUUUGCUGGGAUUUUUUGGCUGAAAAAAGAGCAGGUUCUAGUUGUUUGGCUUUGGUCACCUCAGUUUACAAAAAUGUUGCUAUUGCUUCUCCAAGAAGAGUCAGUUCCUCAGUGUGAGUGAUCUGUAGUUAGUUUGAUCAUGUAAUGUGCAUAGUAGUGCAUCUUCUUCUCUGUAACAGGUUUUGAUAUGUUUUGAUGUGCAAAUCUUAUUGAAUAAAAUGUUUGCA